AUGGAGGUUCCGGGGGCGGAUGAGCUCAAGGCGGCAGAAUGUCACAUGACAUCACCUGCAGCUUUUGUUGAAGGUGGAGUUCAGGAUGCAUGUGAUGAUUCAUGCAGCAUAUGCCUUGAAGCCUUCUGUGAAAGUGAUCCAUCCACGGUGACUACUUGCAAGCACGAGUUUCAUCUUCAGUGCAUUCUCGAAUGGUGUCAAAGAAGUUCAAAUUGUCCAAUGUGUUGGCAGACCAUAGGCUUGAAGGAUCCCACUAGUCAAGAAUUGCUUGAUGCUGUAGAGCGCGAGAAACACUUUCGGUUCACUCCAGCUAGAAAUGCCACAAUAUUUCGUCAUCCCACUCUUGGGGAUUUCGAACUGCAACAUUUACCUGUGGGAGCUAAUGAUUCUGAGUUGGAAGAACGUAUUAUCCAGCACUUGGCUGCUGCUGCAGCAAUGGGUAGAGCUCGCCAUUUUGUUCAUAGAGAGGGCUCAAGGGGCCGCUCAUCUACCAAUGGCCGUCCCCAUUUUUUGGUGUUUUCUUCACAUGCCAAUGACUCCAUUGCCGAUCCUGCUUCAGCUUCUAUAGCUUCACCAGAAGAACCGGAUCUAGACUCUACAGCCCUGGCUACUCCAUCCUUUUCUGGCUCUGUAAACAGCAGUGGAUCCUCUGGACGUGAAAAUCUUUCUUCGCUUCCAAAUGACCAACUCUCUGCUUCAUCAUCGAGAUCAGUCCUUAUGCCUGCCAGUCCUCCAGAACUCUCUGUUGCUAACAGGUGCUUAGUUCGCCCUGAGCCACCAAACCGAGAUAGAGCAGGACCAUCAGAGUUGAAUUCAAUUUCAGAAUCUUGGAAAUCUCGGUUGAAUGCAAUGUCAAUCAAAUACAAAGAAACUCUUUCAAAGAGCACAAGAGGAUGGAAGGAUAGGUUUUUUUCACGAAGCAAUUCCAUGGCAGAUAUUGGUAUGGAGGUUCGGAGAGAAGUGAAUGCUGGAAUUGCAAGUGUUUCCCGCAUGAUGGAACGCCUUGAAGCAAGGGAAAAUAUUAGGUCUCGUCCUGUUGGGACAUCUAAUAAUCCUUCAGUUACUCAGCCAAACCACCAUGAUGAUGUGGACCACCCUGAUGAGUUACCGUUGAGCCACACUACCGCUUUUCCUGCAAAUUCUCUUUCCCAUUAG